AUGUCCUCGAACUGCAAAGAUACCAAGAAGCAGAAACAAGGGUGGCCAGCUGCACGCGAAGAUGCUAAGACCGACACGCGGCCCAGCUUACUAUCCUUGGUCGUGUUUGCAGCAGUUCCUGAUGCUAACGAGAUUUUCCAAGCUCCCAUGCCACUUCAGAACUUGUGCCACGGUGCUUUUAUUCCAUCAUGCGGUGCUCCUGCUUCUGGCUACGGGCGACCGUGUUCUGCAUUCGUACCCUCUCGGCCGUCUCCACCCGUUCCGAUUGUUGCAAGAACCGAUGUGGAUUUUGAAAGCUUGCGCGAAUGA